AUGCACAAGCAAGUAACUACUUCACUACUCCGGAGGUCUUAUAGUACCUCCUCCUCCUCCUCCUCCUCCUCCUCCCGGUGGUCCCUUUUAUCCAGGAGUAGCAGGAUUAGUAGCAAUAGCAAUGCAGCCCUCCUCCUCAAAACCACGCCACUGCAACAGCUUCACCAACCCCAACUCCAACUCCAACCCCAACGGGUAUACCAACACCAACAUGUCCAAACCCGCCAAUCCUCCCACUCCCCCAUGGGCCUCCCGCCCACCAACCCUCGCAAAAAGGUCACGCUCAACACGCUCCAGUCCAUGUACAAGCGCGGAGAGAAAAUCACCAUGAUCACGGCGCACGAUUUCCCCUCGGCACACGUGGCCGAGCACGCGGGCAUGGACAUGAUCCUGGUGGGCGACAGCCUGGCCAUGGUGGCGCUGGGGAUGGAGGACACGAGCGAGGUGCUGGUGGAGGAGAUGUUGCUGCAUUGUCGGAGUGUGGCGAGGGCUAGUUCGAGGGCGUUUACUGUCGGCGACAUGCCCAUGGGCUCCUACGAAAUCUCCCCCCAACAAGCCCUCUCCACCGCCAUCCGCUUCAUCAAAGAAGGCCGCAUGUCCGCCGUCAAACUCGAAGGCGGCGCCGAAAUGGCGCCCACCAUCCGCGCCAUCACCACCGCCGGCAUCCCGGUCCUCGCCCACAUCGGCCUCACUCCGCAGCGCCAAAAUGCCCUCGGCGGGUUCCGCGUCCAGGGGAAAUCCAAAGAAUCCGCCAAGCGGUUACUAAGGGAUGCGCUCGCCGUCCAGGAGGCCGGUGCUUUCGCCAUGGUUGUCGAGGCCGUGCCGCAGGAGGUGGCGAGUUUCAUCACUGGCCUCCUGAAAGUUCCGACCAUUGGAAUUGGGGCCGGGAGCGGGACCAGUGGACAGGUGCUGGUGCAGGCGGAUAUGACGGGGAAUUUCCCGCCGGGAAGGUUUUUGCCCAAGUUUGUGAAGAAGUAUGGGGAUGUGUGGGGGGAGGCGUUGAGGGCUAUUGAAAGUUAUCGGGAUGAGGUGAAGGGGAAAAGUUAUCCGGCCGAGGAGCAUACGUACCCGAUGGCCAGGGAGGAGGUGGAGGCGUUUGUGGGGGAUGUGAGGAGGUUGAUGGGUGCGAAUGCGUCUGCUUCUGAGGCUGAAGGGGAGGGUGAGAAGGAGGCGUGA